AUGACAUCGCUAUUGCCACCGCCGUUAUUGAUACCAAUACCAAUACCGCCACCUCCACCGCCACUAUUAUCCGAUGAGGCCACCAUAGAAAAACCCUCGCUACCUCUUCGCAUGACCAUCUCACUUCAACCGGCAAAUACGAAGAGCAAACGCAAUUCCAAGUCCAACAAACUCUACCGAAGGUUCCGAUCGGUUUUCCGAUCAUUUCCCAUCAUCGCGCCGUCAUGCAAGAUGCCGACGGUUACGGGAAACCGUCACAACGAGCUGCACAUCCAUGGUGGCACAAGGAUAACCGGAACCUUAUUUGGGCACCGGAAAGCAAGAGUGAACCUUGCGUUCCAAGCAAACCCUAAUUGCCGACCAUUCUUGCUCUUGGAGCUUGCCCUCCCUACUGGAAAACUGCUCCAUGAAAUGGGAAUGGGGCUGAAUAGGAUAGCGUUGGAAUGCGAGAAACACUGCAACAACGACAAGAUAAAGAUCAUUGACGAACCCAUUUGGACAUUGUAUUGCAAUGGAAAGAAAACGGGGUAUGGGGUGAAGAGAGAGCCAACAGAUGAUGACUUGAACGUGAUGCAGUUGCUGCAUGCAGUGUCUGUGGCGGUUGGCGUUCUUCCGAAUGAGAUGGCAGAUCCUCAAGAUGGUGAACUCUCAUACAUGAGGGCACAUUUUGAACGUGUGAUUGGGUCUAAAGAUUCUGAGACUUAUUACAUGACGAUGCCUGAUAGAAAUAUUAAUGGGCCUGAACUUACUGUGUUCUUCGUUAGGAUUUAA